AUGAGCAUGAAAUCUUUCCAAAAGUAUUUUGGGCUGAACAGUAUGGGAAAACUGGAGGUUUCGAAUUUAGAGGGCUGGAUUACAGCUUGUCUUCUACUGGGCUCCUGUGCCGGCGCUCUCAUAGCCAGCCCCAUGUCAGAGAGAUUAGGCCGAAAGACCAGCCUACAGAUCAUCAGUGUUUGUUACAUUAUCGCAGCCAUUCUGAUGACCGUAGAGCCUCACGGAUCAGGGGGGAUCGCUAUGCUCAUUGUUGGCAGAGUCAUCUCAGGUGCUAGUUCGGGUGCCGCCAGUGUGGCAGGCACCGCCUUCAUCGCCGAAAUAGCACCCAAAGCCAUUCGAGGUGGACUGUCUGCCUUGUAUAAUGCCAAUACUAUGUUUGGAGUGUCUCUGGCAUAUUGGAUCAACUAUGGCGCGCUACUCAACAUCUCCUCCAAAUCGAAUGCACAGUGGCAAGUGCCUAUGGCGAUGCAGGCCCUCCCAGGAAUAAUACUGUUUGGCGGACUAUUUGCCCUCCCAGAAUCUCCCAGAUGGCUUGCAAGCAAAGACAGAGUUGAUGAGGCACGCCAAUCUCUUCACAAGCUUCGGAAGCUUAGCCUUGACCAUCCUUUCCUCCAAGAAGAAUUAUCUGAGAUUGCUGAAGCUCGGCUCGUCAACUUGGAGCAGCCCAAAGGCCUGGACUUGAGUCGAUUCUCACAGGUCCCCAACCUCAUGAAGCGCAUGGUUCUAGUUUGUCUCAUCCAAACAUUCUUUCAAUUUUCGGGAGGCAACAUCAUCACCUAUUACAAUACCACUAUCCUCAACUCCAUCGGAUUCACCGACCCGAAAAUCAACUACCUCUUUUCCGGGAUUUACGGCUUGGUGAAGGUGAUCUCUGUUCUGUGCUAUUGUCUCUAUUUCGUUGACAAUUAUGGUCGUCGACCUUUACUUUGGGCCGGAUCAUCCAUCAUUGUGGUGACUUUGACCUAUAUGACUAUCUACCUGGGUGCGCUAGCAGAAUUGAACAGUUCCGCUAGCAAGUCAGCAGGAUGGGCAGCUAUUGUUGCUAUAUACCUGUACGCCAUCGGAUAUGCUAUCUCGUGGGCGACAGUACCGUGGAUUAUCAACGCGGAAGUAUUUCCCAUGUCUGUCAGAGCGCCUUGUAUGGCGUUGACGAUCACUUGGCAGUACUUGGUCAAUUUUGCUUUGACGAGGGCAAUGCCCAAUAUGCUCACGGCAAUGCAUACCUAUGGGCCGUUCGCACUAUUCGCAUCAGCGACCACCGUGGGAGCUAUAUACUCCUUUUUUGCGUUUCCCGAAACCAAGGGCAUGAACAUGACGGACAUCGAUCGCUUGUUUGAAGUGCCUUGGUAUAAAGUCGGCAAGCAUAGUCUUGAAAUGAAGAAAAGCGAGACAGGACAUGCUCAAGAUGGUUCUGCCGCACACAGUCACAAAAUUGCAUCUACGGGUGUAUCCUCGCAGCAUUGUGAGCAUGUGUAA